AUGAGGUCUAAAAGUAUGCCACGAGCUUUUCACAGAACUCUAAUUGAGCAAGCACAAACCAACCUUUCUAAUGUGCCAACCGAUAUCUUCUAUCGGUUCAUGAAAGAGUUGCCUUAUAAACUCCUUCCUCAAAGUACUUCUUAUAAUACUAAGGUGCCAGCUUAUCGUAGACCGCCAAUUCAGCACUGCCAUAUCGAAAAACAUUAUGAAAAAAUAGCCCAAUCUUCGCCUUCAUUCAAAAAACAAAUGCUUUUAGAAGCGCGAUUUCAUUCGAAAAAUAACAGUUUAUAUGAAGAGGAUUUGCCUACAGAAAAGCGUUUUUGCCAUAGCACAACGCCUGAGCCAAGGAGUAUGUCAGUUAUGAGGGAAGGAACAAUAUAUGCAUUAUAUAUUUAUUAAAAUAAUUUUUUUUUUACAUAAAAAGAUCCUUUUUCUAUAUAAUAUCAUCUUAAAAUAUUUUAAUUUAGUCUAAAACUGCAUUAAAAGUGCAUACUAUGAUUGGGAAAUCUAAUGACGUUGUACUAUUUGCGCUAAAUCAAAUGAAAAAAGAAAAAGAAAACACAUCAGGACUCUUAAAGCAAUGUCAAGAAAAAUUUUCUGAUAAAAUUUCUCUUGAUUUAACUUCUCUCAAUAAAACAUUUAGAAGGAAACAUUUUUUUACUGACGAAUAUAAAAAGAAAGCGGUAUUUGACUAUAAAUCAAUCCAAAACAAAAUUCAAGCAAUUGGAAAAACAAAAACUGGUAUUAAACUAUGCGGCUCGAAAAGAAGCAUUCCAUUAGGUAUACAAAAUUUAUAA